AAUCAUUCUGAAGAAAGGGAAAUCCCUUCGGGAGAUCCUGAAAGAAAAAGGGAUGCUGGAGGAAUUCAUGAAGAAAUAUCAUGUUGACCCUGGUCUGAAAUACCGCCCCAACGAAUUCCAUGUUGUUUAUGAAUCAAUUACCAGUUACAUGAGUAAUGAAGGGCAAAGCUAUACCCUAUAUUAUGGGAGUGGUGACUUGACUGUCAGGGUGGGAUAUGAUACUGUGUGGAUUCAGAAUAUCGUCAUUAAGAACCAGGAGUUUGGCUUGAGUGAGGAUGAACCUGACAAUCCAUUCUAUUAUGCCUAUUUUGAUGGAAUUUUGGGAAUGGCUUUUCCCCCUAUAGCUUUUUGGGGAUCACACACUAUCAUGCAGCAGAUGGUGAAUCAAGGACAGCUUUCUGAACCCAUUUUCAGCUUCUAUUUCCCACGCGAACCCACCUAUCAGUAUGGAGGGGAAUUGAUCUUAGGAGGGGAUGACAAUAGGUUUGCCAUUGGCAACCAGGCUACUGGCUGGUGCAGUGGUGGAUGCCAGGGAAUUGUAGAUACAGGAACCUUUCUGCUCGCUGUCCCACAACAGUACAUUGGCACAUUCCUGAAUACUCUAGGAGCAACAGAAAGUAACUAUGAAGACGGUGGAAGUUGUGUAGUUGCAAUUGAGACCACGUAUGUUCCAUCUCGGAAUGGACAACCUCUGUGGAUCCUGGGUGAUGUCUUCCUUAAGGAAUAUUACUCCGUCUUCGAUCUGGCCAACAACAGAGUGGGCUUUGCAAAAUCAGCUUAG